UUCAACGCGGAACCUUUAGCGUCCUCCUGGAGAAGGUCGGAGGUGUAUCGGAGACGGAACGGAAACAGCGUGAGGUUACCAAAGUCUUUUGUGAAGUCCUGCACCUUAGUAGAGAAGAUGUUGAGAAGUGCCUCAGCCCAGAUUUGUAGACAGCUGGUCAGACACAGGAGCACAGAUGCCAGCCUCAUCCUAGAGAGAUCGAUAAAUCGUGUGCAGCUGUUGGGCCGAGUGGGUCAGGACCCCGUGAUGAGACAGGUGGAGGGGCGGAACCCAGUCACUAUCUUCUCAUUAGCAACCAAUGAGAUGUGGCGCUCUGGGGAUGGCGAGAUGAGCACCACAGGGGACGUCAGUCAGAAAACGACAUGGCAUCGAGUGUCAGUGUUCAAACCUGGUUUGAGAGACGUGGCCUACCAGUAUGUCAAGAAAGGGUCUAGAAUCCUAGUGGAGGGGAAACUGGACUAUGGAGAGUAUGUGGACAAGAACCAAGUCAGACGCCAGGCUACCACCAUAAUCGCAGACAACAUCAUCUUCCUGAGCGACAACAUCCGAGACAGAACCUGAGGGGCGUUUCCUUCCUGUCCAGGAGAGGAGGAUGACUUCUUUUGUACAACUAUUCUCUUAUGAUUAUACAAAAAAAGACUGAGGACCCAGAUUCCACCAAACGGAGGAUCUACGUUUAGGAGGAGGACAGAAUAUAAUGUAAUACACUGAUUAAAUACGACCAUGGCUCCCCCUACUGGUAGGGAAAAAAACAACAACAACAACUUAGUGCUGUAGGCAUUAAGAGUAUACAGAUAAACAGCCAGCUCAUACUGUAUACACACCUAUUUUUUAGGUUGUGAUUAUGCUGUGUUAAUAUGAUCAUUAUAUAGACAUAUAUCCUUUUUGUGUGUACGUUGUAUUUUCUGUAUGGAAAUAAUGUUGGACUGGAGGCAGGUUGGACAGAAUUUGCCUGGUUUGGAAAUGCAUUGUCAGAGCAGUGUAACAUGGAUAACUUUUUGAGGUGACGGGAAUAGACAUUUAUGCCAGCAGGAUAAAACUGCUCUUAAUAACGUGGUGGGUUUCAAGUGACAAAAAUAGUGCCAGCUUGCCUCAAACUGUUUCUCAUAUUUCAUAGCUCUGAAGUGGGAUGCUGCUCACUACUCAUGGUGAUAAGUUGCAGCCCCAUUAAGGACAACGUGUGUACGGAUCAUGGUAAAAAUUUGCUGCUGUUUUCCUUUACUGCCAGUUAAAAUAUCUACUCUGCAUUUAUUAUUUAAGGAAUGAAGUUUUGGUGUCCCUCAAUAUGCCAGAUAAGGCGUCUUUCUGUGACAAAUGAACCAAACGACCUCAGAGGUGGACACACCACUUGACAAAUAAGCUAGUAUCUGGUGAAAGUGUCUAUUAGUUUUUGGCCUAUUUGACCUUUAAGGUAAUAAAGCCCAAAUAUUAUGUAAAAAAAAAAAAAAAAAUUCAGAGUUGUCAAAAUGAGGCUGACUUGAUUUCUGAAUGACCGUUUCAGAAAUCCCCUCCCCCCUCAUGUCAGCUGUCUUUAUCACACUUUGGUACAGAAAAACCUCACGUCAUUCAAACAUCGUGUGUGUGCUGUUCAAAACCAGGGAAACAUGCACACAACUGAAAUUAUACUUCUCAAAAAUUAAUCCUAAAAUAUCUGAUAGAGAAACUAAUGCUUAUGGCACUGUUCAUACAUACAUUCAUACAUCAUUUCAUUUCAUCUGUAAUGAUACAUUCAAUGUUUCUAUGUUCUUGUUUUCCCAAACACAUCCCUGACUAAUGCGCCAUUAUUAAAACACAUUUUGGUAUUGACAAAUAAUCUGUUCCUUGUCCCUGUUAAGUAAACUGAUCAGUCUGGAUUGCUGAGGUGUCACCCACGCCUUAGCAGUCUUUUAUUUUAUCUUUUUGCAGCCCAAAGUGAAUCUCUGUUUCAUUGGUACCCGUCCUGGCGUCUCUCUCUUCAUAUCUGCCUCUGGCUCUCCUGCGCUCUGAAGGGAGAUUGUAUCAUCCUCGAUUAUCACCCUUAUCUCUUUUCAUUUCCUUCCUCGAUGGCAACCAGAUGCUCUCUUGUUCUUUCAGGACUGUGAAGCUGCAACUGUUGGUUCAUCCAGCUCAGUCUUUAACAGUUGUGUUAAUAAACCUUUUUUUCCCACA